UGUGUGUGUGUGUGCGUGUGCAUGUGUGUGUGUGUGCACGCGCGUGUGUUUUAAGGAAAAAAGCCCACAGUCCAGUCCAGUCAGACCCAGCCUGGGAGGCUUGUGAGCCGGCCUUUCGUAAUUGCCCCCUCCCCGCGGCCCCCUCCCCGAGGCCUCCCCCUUCUCCCGCCCUCCCGCCCGCCCUCUCUCCCUCCCUCUUUCCCUCGCAGCCCGACAAGGCAGCAAUUACGCUUUGGGGAUAAAACGAGGCGCAGAGAGCGGGCUGGGGCAUUUCUCCCCGAGAUGGCGGGUCUGACGGCGGCAGCCCUGCGGCCCGGAGCCCUCCUGCUCCUGCUGUGCAUUCUCCACCCCUCGCAGCCCGGAGGGGUCCCAGGGGCUGUUCCUGGUGGAGUGCCUGGAGGCGUCUUCUACCCAGGGGCUGGUCUCGGAGGCCUGGGAGUAGGAGCACUGGGCCCUGGAGGCAAACCACCCAAGCCAGGGGCUGGACUCCUUGGGGCAUUUGGGCCAGGUGCUGGAGGGCUCGUAGGCGCUGGUCUUGGGGCAGGGCUCGGGGCCUUUCCUGCAGGGGCCUACCCAGGAGCUCUGGUGCCCGGCGGCCCGGCUGGCGCUGCUGCAGCCUAUAAAGCCGCUGCCAAGGCCGGUGCUGCGGGGCUUGGUGGGGUCGGCGGCAUUGGUGGCGUUGGUGGCUUAGGAGUGCCUGCAGGUGCGGUGGUACCUCAGCUCGGAGCAGGAGUUGGAGGGAAGCCCGGGAAGGUGCCAGGUGUGGGGCUCCCAGGUGUAUUCCCAGGCGGAGUGCUCCCCGGCGCAGGAGCUCGGUUCCCGGGUGUAGGGGUGCUCCCUGGGGUUCCCACUGGAGCAGGAGUCAAGGCCAAGGCCCCAGGUGGAGGCGGAGCUUUUGCUGGAAUCCCAGGAGUUGGACCCUUUGGAGGUCAGCAGCCUGGAGUCCCUCUGGGGUACCCCAUCAAGGCACCCAAGCUGCCAAGUGGCUACGGACUGCCCUACAGCACUGGGAAACUGCCCUAUGGCUAUGGGCCUGGAGGAGUAGCUGGUGCCGCGGGCAAGGCCGGGUACCCGACAGGGACAGGGGUUGGCACACAGGCUGCAGCAGCAGCAGCAGCAGCUAAAGCAGCAGCAAAACUUGGUGCUGGAGGAGCCGGCGUUCUCCCUGGCAUUGGUGUUGGAGGUGCUGGCAUUCCUGGCGGGCCCGGCGUGAUUCCUGGCAUCGGAGGCAUCGCAGGGGCCGGGGCUCCAGAUGCUGCUGCUGCCGCUGCUGCCGCCGCUAAGGCAGCCAAAUAUGGCGCUGCUGCAGGCUUAGUGCCUGGUGCACCAGGCUUUGGCCCAGGAGUAGUCGGCAUCCCAGGAGUUGGAGUCCCAGGAGUUGGAGUCCCAGGAGUUGGAGUCCCAGGAGUUGGAGUCCCAGGUGUUGGAGUCCCAGGUGUUGGGGUCCCAGGAGUUGGAGUCCCAGGUGUUGGGGUCCCAGGAGUUGGAGUCCCAGGUGUUGGAGUCCCAGGAGUUGGAGUCCCAGGUGUUGGCAUCCCAGGUGUUGGAAUCCCAGGGGCUGUGUCACCAGCUGCAGCUGCUAAAGCAGCAGCCAAAGCAGCCAAAUUCGGGGCCAGAGGCGGAGUGGGAGUUGGAGGUAUUCCCACUUUCGGCGUCGGUGCUGGGGGCUUUCCUGGCUUCGGUGUCGGAGUCGGAGGUGUUCCUGGAGCUGGCCUUUCCCCAGCCCAGGCAGCCGCCGCCCAGGCAGCCGCCGCCAAGGCAGCCAAGAUCGGUGCUGUAGGAGCAGGAGCCCUGGGAGGGCUGGUGCCAGGUGCCGGAGGAGAAAUACCAGGUGUGCCAGGCGCUGUAGGGGUACCAGGGGCAGGGAUCCAGGCAGCUGCAGCCGCCAAAGCAGCCGCCAAAGCUGCCCAGUUUGGGUUAGGCCCAGGUGUCGGUCUGGGCCCCGGUGUCGGUCUGGGUCCCGGAGUCGGCGUGGGUCCCGGUGUUGGCAUUGGCCCCGGUGGCGUCAUAGGAGUAGGGGCCCCAGCUGCAGCCAAAUCCGCUGCUAAGGCGGCCGCCAAAGCCCAGUUCCGGGCUGCCGCUGGGCUUCCUGCCGGCGUUCCCGGAUUUGGACCCGGUGUUGGAGUUCCUGGACUUGGAGUUGGUGUUGGUGUUCCUGGAUUUGGGGCAGGUGCAGUACCUGGAGCCCUGGCCGCAGCUAAAGCUGCCAAGUACGGAGCAGGAGUGCCUGGGGCCCUUGGAGACGUUGGAGGUCUUGGCGGAGUCGGUGUCCCAGGUGGUGUGGUAGGAGCCGGACCUGAUGCUGUGGCUGCUGCCGCCAAAGCCGCCGCCAAAGCCGCCCAGUUUGGGCUGGGGGGACCCGGUGGGCUCGGAGUCGGUGGGCUCGGAGUCGGAGGGCUUGGACUUGUCCCAGGGGCUGCGGGCCUUGGAGGUGUGUCCCCAGCUGCAGCUGCUAAAGCAGCCAAAUAUGGUGCCGCUGGCCUUGGAGGUUUCCUAGGCGCCGCCAGGCCGUUCCCACUUGGAGGUGUCGCAGCAAGGCCUGGCUUCGGACUGUCUCCUAUCUUCCCAGGUGGCGGAGCCGGGGGCCUGGGAGUCGGUGGCAAACCUCCCAAGCUCUAUGGAGGGGCUCUGGGAGCCCUGGGAUACCAAGCUGGGGCCUGCCUGGGGAAAGCCUGUGGCCGGAAGAGAAAGUGAGCUUCCCAGGACCCCUGACUCACGACCUCAUCAACGUUGGUGCUACUGCUUGGUGGAGAAUGUAAACCCUUUGUGACCCCCGCCCCCAUCCCAUGCCCCCUCCUAAGUUCCCACCCCCAGGAGGGAACAGGGCAGGCAGGGUGGCCUUGGAAAUCCACAGGGCAAGGAAACAAGAGAGUGGUGGCCAAGUGGGCCCCUGGAAGCCCCCUGCUUCAGAGGCAAGGGGUGGGUGGGCUUGGCCCCUGCCCCCACCCCCUUCCCACCCAGGAGCUCCCCCUCCACACACUCCAUCUCCAAGGGAACUUGGUGCUACGUACUGGUGCUCUCAUUCUUCCUGCGGGGAGGGAGGAGGGAAGGACAGCCCCUUAGGGAACCCCUUCCCUGGGGCUCCUCUGAAGAUGGUGCAGACACUUCCUGGGCAGUCUCACCUCCCCCUGCCCACCAGGACCCACCUCUGGCUGCGGUCCAGUUGGUACCCAAGCAUCGAAACCCUAAAGCUGGAUUCGGUCACACGAUCUCUUGGCCCCCUUGGCCCACUCUCCCCUACCAGUCGCUAUUCCCCAUGUCUGGGGCACCUUCAGGUCGGAAGAUUUCCCCCCAUUGGGAAUAGCCCUCUUGCUCUUGUGGAAUUCAUCCGCCCAUCUGCCCAUCCGUCCAUCCGUCCUGGCCCCCAUUUGGCUGCCCGGCACCGCUAGCUGGCUGGGCGCCCCUACCAUCAACUCGAUUAACCUGUCAUGGCAGCCUGUGCCCUGCCUCUGCCCCACCACACACACCCCUACGUAGGGGCCCCGAGCCCAGGUUGUGAGGGGCUGUGCCGACUGGGGCAGCAGGAAUCUCCCCCCAAAACUGGGUCUCCCCCCACGCAGUACUGUAUCCCCGGUCCUCCCCCUGGAGCCACUGUACUUCAGAGCAUUUCCCCCCCUGCCCCGCCCAUCUCUUUGUGUCUCGCUGUGAUAGAUCAAUAAAUAUUUUAUUUUUUGUCCUGGA